AUGAGCCUCGACGGCGGUAGCGGCGUCGUUGAAGCGCUGGCGGGUAAUGGUGGCGGCCACACAAGGCGUGCGGCGUUAGGGACGUCGCUUUCGACGAGCGAAGCGUGCUCUAUGUGCGGGAGCAGGAAAACAUAUACACCCGGCUCGGUGUGCGCGGACUGCGAGACCUAUGCCUGCUACAAGUGUGAGGGACCUCUCCCGGAGUGCUCGAGCUGCUUGAUGUCGUUCUGCGAGGGGACGGGUGACCCGGAGACCGACUGCCUCUUGCCCUGUCAAGGGCAGCCGGGUUGUAGCGAGGUACUGCUUGAAGACUU